UAGCUUUCUACAAGAAGAUUCUUUCUAUAGAAUUUUUUUCCUCUGGGUAAGACUAGGGUUUUUCUAGCCUAGUAAACCCAUCUCUUUUAAAGAAGAAAAAUAGCAUAUUGAACUACUCAUUCUGGUUCUUUGAAGUUUUAAUUUUGAGUAAAACAUUUCCCUUGCUAGUUUGCUAGCUUUUAAAACCUGUUGGCAAUUUUUUCAUAUUCUGUUUUUUCUUUUACUUUAUUUUAUCUUACUAGCCUUUUAUAUAUAAGAUUAAUAUAAGUAGUACCAUUCUGACAGACUAUAUUUUUACCAUAUGUAAUAUAAUCUUACUGUGUCAGAGACAGCUGAAAUCUCAGAAUAAUUCCAGUAGCAUUUAUUAAUUUUUAUUGUAUUUAAGCUUUUGUUAUAGUUCUAAGCUGCUUAUUGUUGCAUGUUAUUUCGAGUAAGAUCUUCAUAAUGUCUUUUGGUGGAGGUUAUUGCUGUCAUUUGAAAGUACUGCUUGUUUUGAUGUAAUGUAGAAUCAGAAGAAUAAAAUGCUGUUUCCAGAAAACUGAUUUCUUGCUAAUGUAGUUCUGUGAAACUCAGUAUGUGUGGGAAGAGAUGCUGGCAUACUCUAGAUGUGAUAGACUGCUGAAUAUAAUUUGUUAAAUGAAAUUCCUCCCUAAUUUAGUAAUACUACUUUGUUAGGAAGUGAUGUAUUUUCUACGUGGAGAUAAUCCAAAAUCUUGAUAAUCUGGUGUCUGUGCCGAUUCUUAUCUUUUCAGAGGUGCUAAUUUUUUUGUCUUGGGCAAAUCCUUCUGUAAGGGAUUGGAUUCUGUGUGCAUAAAUAGCUGCUGCUUUCAAUUUUUAAAAAUGUUCUGUUGUAAGUAACAUUCCCUUGUUCUGCAGAGAAUUUAAGAACUGCUCUUCUAUACCAGAGACAUCCACCAGUUUUAUUUAUGACUUUGGGCAAUUAUGUAUGUGUGUCACAUUUGCUCUUCUAACCGGUAACGUUACCAAUAGCAGAUAUGGUCUCUGAAGUAAUUUGGGGAUUUACUGAAGUGUGGUACUAGAGAGUGCUCCUGCUAUCAGAUACCCACAAAUGCCAUAUCUGAACACUAGGAAACAUCUGAGUCUUUACCACUGCAGUAUUAUCACUGAGCAUGCUGAUUGUUAGAUGAGACUCAAAAGAACAAGAAGAGGGCAGAUUAUUUCUCUUCAAUAUGAAAAUGAUUAAUUGUACUCUAGCUCAGAUGAGUUACACUAUUCUGUUUCCUAGGGUUGAAUUGUUUUGGAAGACUUUCGUUAUUACCCAUUUUCAUCAAAUUGUGACAUCCAACAACUCUUGGAGACUUCUCUUGAAAGUCUCUUCUCCCCCACCCCCAGUACACAAUUAUUUUUUUGGUUUAAUGUUGUAUGUAAUGUUAACUUAUCCAUCUGAAGUUCCAUAUCUAUAAUUCCACCACAGUUACAGUGGCGUCUGUUGCUUUGCUGGUUUCAUGUCUGGUAUACACGCAGUGUGUUCAGGUAUUCGCUGCUUCUUUUCACUGUCUCUUUCCGAGCUUACGGCCGUGUGGAACACGCUUGUUACUGCAUCCGUGUUUCUGAGUUCCUUUAAACAGUUGGGCUCUUACUUAUCUCUCAGACAGUACCACCAUAACCCAGGAAAAAAUGGGUUAUUCUGCCUAUUUAGGGAGGGUUUUCCUCAUUCUGCUGUAUUUAACUGUUGGUUUUCAUCUGUAUAUAAAUUUGUGUCCUUUUUUGCUAGAAGUUUUCAUGCACACAGUUCAGUAUUCAGUAACUUUACUAAAUAGGCUUGUGGUUUAGUUAAAUAAAAAUUCUAGCAUAAUAUGAAUAUGAUGUGUAUUGGUAGAGUCUGCCUAAAGCUGAGUAAGUUUAAGGGUUCCUAAAUACAAACUUGCAUAUCCAGAAAUUCAUCCUAUGUUGUCAUGAAAUGCUCGAUUGUAGGUAAGAUGUGUAGACAAUUUCUGCAAGCAGUUGAACUUCAGUCUCACUCUGAAGGUUGUCCAUACUGAUUAAUGUGUGACCAUUUCCUGUACAGUUUCAGCAGCAACAUUUGCUCACUGGCUUCUUACACAGGUCCUUCCCCACAAGGGACAAAUUCAGAGUCCCUUACUUAUUUCAGAGCUCUGUCUGCAUUGCAUUCUAUUUAACCUGUAGCUGCUUAAUUUUUAGUGGGCUCUUCAGACCACAGUGUGGUGUUUCUUAGCUGAUUAUCACUCUUCAAACUUUUAGUCUUCAUUGCAGUAUUACAGUAUUCUUUCUUAAAUGUUGAUGUUGUUCCCUGAAGAAAGGCUUUUAGACCUAAAAGCUUAUUUAGUUUCCCUUGCACUCCUUAUUCCAGCUCAUAAAUAGCUUCUAUAAUGAGUGGUGUCCAAAACAUUAAAUUACUCAAUUGAAAUUCUCUGCCGCAAAAGAUGUGAUUGUUCUAAGUGAAAAAUGUCAUUGUAAUUGGUUAUGCAAUGUAAAGGAAGAAUAGUUAAUUUUCAAGACAGUUUUUCCAAGGAAGCUUUUGGGAGAAUUAUAUAAUUGAUCACUUGUUAUGCCCUUGUGAAUGUUGUUUUCUAGGUUUUAAGUGUGAUUAAGGUGCUGUCAUUUCACUGUAUCCUGAUUAAAGUUUCCUGGUUUUUUAAAUUGUUGUUCCCUCCUCCAUCCCUGCAAACUGCUACCAGACAAAAAAUUCUGACUAAGUAAAAUUUCUUUACCUGCAUUGGUUUCUUCUUUGUAAUAUUUACACAAUCUUUUUCUGUCUCUAAAUUGCUUCAGCUGUCCUCAAAGGCAAAUAGACACAGCAGGGGUUGUGUCUUUCCUACUGUGAGUAAAAUAGGGUUGUUUUGGGCAAAAGAAAGUCGGGAGAGAUGAGGUGUACAAAUCUGACAAAAUAUUGACAAUACUAUUCCAGCCAUUCCUGAAACAACUUAUUCAUAUGUUCUUAACUCAAGAUUGGUGAGGUAAUAAAAAAUUAUGAGAUUAGGCCACCUUCUGAUUGGCUCACUGUUACCUUUUAUUUAAAUGUUUUUUUGUUUAAGUAUAUUUUAUAUUUUCACCAAAGUUACUGAGCUGGUAUUUUUAUUUGGUAUAUUGUUCUUUUGCAAAAAUUGGUCAAACUUUGUCGUACUUUUGGUGGCUCUAGAUGCAUCAGUUAAAGAGAUCUUUAGGAAAGGCAAUAAUAUGGAUUAAGAGUAACAUGCAUUUUCAAGUGCUUGUCUUUGCCUUUUUGUUCUUCCAUUCUUUGUCUUAUUAUGAUGAUAGUUCUCUGCUGUUUAUUAGAUUGAGAAAUCCCACUGAAUAAAUGAAACCUGAUUUGAUUUAGUUAUCUACAUAAUAGAAUUUAUGAUACUUCAUGUAGCAUCACUGUAGAAACAUCUUCUAUUACUGAAUUUACUGCAAUUAGACACAAUUAAUCUCCUCUUAUGCACCUCAGUUUGGAUUUUGAAUUGGAAACUUAAUGGUGAAUAAAUUUUCUUUUCUUACCAGUAUGAAAUCUUAACUAGAUUGAAAGUAAAUUUCCAGUAAUCUAAAUAUAAAAACUGUGUAGAAUGAAGAAUAUAGAGGAACCUAUCAGCUUGUGGUUUAGAUCAGGAAGUUUUGAAUUGUCAAGAUGAAAGGAAGGUCAUUUGUAUGAAGUAAGUAGAAUAUGAAGAAAGUUUCAAUAACCAUUAUUCUUUCAUGAAUUAUGGUGCCUUCAUAGUACUAGAUGUUCUUAAAUUAAAUGUGAUUGCUGGUGUGUUUUUUCAUGUAGUAACUUGGUUAUUGGCACAGAUGCCCAAAUUAGAGAUGACUGAAAGCGUUGUAUGAAUUUUGGAUGUAUAGAUGUUUUGUCUUUCAAUAUGCAAAAUAUUUCACUUCCACUACAAAGAGGUGCUAUACAUUGUUUUCCUUGGAUGAAGAAUAGGUUUAAGGUUUGAAUUCUAGAAAACAGUUUGGUCCCAUUGUAUAGAUGAAGGUUAUUCAGGGAUUUGGAGCCAAUAUAAGUUUAGAGGUCUGCUCAGUUAAUUAAAAUUAAACAGCAGAGUUUUUCACUGCGUAUCUAAUUAUAAAAUACAUUUGACAGUGCAUUUCAUAAUUCAUUAGUUGUAGUAAUAGCUUUCACUGCUUGUUUUCUUGUGUCUCUUCAAAUACCUACUGAAAUUUGAACACUCAACACGACUUCUCCAUGAAUUCAUUUGCUUGCAAAUUUAGUGUGUGCUACAGUGAAUCACUUAGAAGCUACCAAGAAAGACGUUUUACAUUUGAAACUUAAAUUAACAUGUCACAUACUUAAUUACUUUAUAGCAUAUUGAUCUUUCUCUCAGUAGGACAUUUUCAAAAUUGAUAAUUGCUUCUUUAAAAAGCUGUUACUCUUUAUAUGUCCUGUUGCAUUCUUAAUUUUUGGUGUGGUAAUUUAAAUGUUUCAUUGACAUUUUUGUCUUUUUCUCAACAGUUUUCAAAAUCUGGUUAAUGUGAUGGCAUAAACUAGUAAAGCAUUUGGAUUACAUGAUGGAUAUCAGCAAUGGUGAUUGAUAUUAUCUGAGUGGUGCAGUAAGAGUCUACUGUAUGAAAUGCCAGAAGUUUACAUUUCUUCUAGUUUUGCAAUGGUUUCCCAGUGAGUGGAUCACGAUGAACAUACUUUAGGGACUCGCCGUAGUAUGGCUGCUUCUCGAUCUACUCGUGUUACAAGAUCUACAGUGGGUUUAAAUGGUUUGGAUGAAAAUUUUUGUGGUAGAACAUUAAGGAACCGUAGUAUUGCUCAUCCAGAGGAAGUCUCACCCCAUCCUCAAAUCCGAUCCAGGUCACCAAAGAAGAGGCCAGAGUCUGUGCAAACUCAGAAGGGCAGCAACGGUGGCAGAACUACUGAUUUGAAACAGCAGAGUGCUCGGGAGUCAUGGGUGAGCCCUAGAAAGAGAGGGCUGUCCACUUCAGAGAAAGAUAAUGGUGAUAAGCAAACUGUGGAAAAUAGUGAAAAAAAACAAGCAGAACCUGUUUCACCGGUUUUGAAAAGAAUUAAACGCUGUCUACGUUCAGAGGCACCCAACAGUUCUGAAGAAGACUUGCCCACUAAGGCAGAGAAGGAGCCAUUGGAGCAUAAAAGCUUAGUGUCGGACAAUGAUGCAGCCUCCACGGGGACUAAGCGAGCUUGUCGAUGUCUUAUAUUGGAUGAUUGUGAGAAAAGGGAAGUUAAAAAGGUGAAUGUCUGUGCAGAAGGGUUUAAUAAUUCUGCAGUAGUUGAAGAGGUUGCAGGUUAUCAGACUGUCAAUGGAGUUGGUGAGAGAGACUCAAAUUCUCUUAACUGUGAUGACUGUCAGCUUGAUGGGAACGCUAAGCAGAACAGUGCUGGUUCCCGUACUCCCAAGGACAAAACAGUAGCAGAAAAUGGAAACUCAUUUGCCCAUUCUUCGUUGUUGCUUAAUAGCAGCAAAGAGGACAGUGUUGUAGACCAUUAUGUGCCUUGCACAAACUCUCAAGAACAGGUAAAGUUAGAGGACCACAAAACAAUAAAUGACUGCUUGCCUGAGGAGCAUGCUAAUCAGGCAUUUGAGCCAGCUACAGGGUCCUUUUCUGAAAUCCAGUCGUCUUUGUUAAGGGAUUCGGAGGAGGAGGUGGAUGUUGUAGGAGAUAGCAGUGCCUCUAAGGAACAGUGUGCUGAAAACACCAAUAGCAACCUGAAUACUCACCAGGACAGUGCUUCAAUCUCAGGUGAACCUGAACCACAUUCUUCAGUGCUGAACUGUGUUUCAGCUCAGAUGACAAAUAUGUUGGAACUUCAAGAACACAGAUACACGUUGAGAACUUCACCACGAAGGGCUGCCCCUGCCAGAAGUAGCCCUACUAAAAAUAACUCUCCUUGUAGAGAAAACGGACAGGUUGAGGAAAAUAAUCUUAGUCCUACUGAAACGAAUGUACCUGUAGGUAUUAAUAAUAUCAAUGGAUCUCCCAAAAAGUCUGAAGAAAUCAAACAGAAUGAAAAAGAGAGAAAUAGUAAUACAGGGGAUCAUGGGAGUGAUGGACUAAGAAAGCCACUUUCUGAGUCUAGGCUUGUUGCUGGAUAUGUACCAUCUGCCAAAGAGAGUACCAACAUCCACACUGCUGAGGAGGACGAGGAAGAGCCUGAUGUGUAUUACUUUGAAUCAGAUCAUGUGGCAUUGAAACACAACAAAGAUUAUCAGAGACUGUUACAGACGAUUGCUGUACUCGAGGCUCAACGUACUCAAGCAGUUCAAGACCUUGAAAGUUUAGGCAGACACCAGAGAGAAGCACUGAAAGAUCCUAUUGGAUUUGUGGAAAGACUCCAGAAGAAGGUUGAUAUGGGUCUUCCAUUUCCUCAGAGAGUUGUUCAGCUCCCUGAGAUUGCCUGGGACCAAUACACCACUAGCCUUGGAAACUUUGAGAGAGAAUUCAAAAACCGAAAACGUAACAGUAGGAGAGUGAAGCUGAUUUUUGACAAAGGUAUUCCUGCAAGACCAAAAAGUCCUUUGGAUCCCAAGAAGGAUGGAGAGUCUAUUUCAUACUCUGUCUUGCCUUUAAGUGAUGGUCCAGAAGGUUCCACAAACAGUCGUCCACAGAUGAUAAGAGGGCGACUUUGCGAUGAGACCAAACCUGAAACUUUUAACCAGCUGUGGACUGUAGAGGAACAGAAAAAGCUCGAGCAAUUGCUUUUGAAGUAUCCACCAGAGGAGGUGGAGUCCCGACGGUGGCAGAAGAUAGCAGAUGAACUGGGAAAUAGAACAGCAAAGCAGGUUGCCAGUAGAGUACAGAAAUAUUUUAUUAAACUGACUAAAGCUGGUAUUCCAGUUCCAGGAAGAACACCCAACUUAUAUUUAUAUUCCAAAAAGUCAUCAAGUAGACGGCAACAUCCUUUAAAUAAACAUCUUUUCAAACCUUCAACUUUCAUGACAUCUCAUGAACCUCCAGUUUAUAUGGAUGAAGAUGAUGACAGAUGCAGUUUUCACAGCCAUAUGGAUACUGCAGCAGAAGAGGAAGUAUCGGAUGAAGAGAGUAUUCCAGUAACAUAUCGAGAGUUACCUGAAUACAAAGAACUGUUAGAGUUUAAAAAAUUGAAGAAACAGAAACUCCAACAGAUGCAUGCAGAAAGUGGGUUUGUGCAGCAUGUGGGAUUUAAGUGUGAUAACUGCGGGAUUGAACCUAUCCAGGGUGUUCGGUGGCACUGCCAGGACUGCCCUCAAGAAAUGUCCUUGGAUUUCUGUGAUUCGUGUUCUGACUGUCUGCAUGAAACAGAGAUUCAUAAGGAAGAUCACCAGUUAGAACCUAUUUACAGAGCAGAGACAUUUUUAGACAGAGACUACUGCAUGUCCCAGGGCACCAGUUACAAUUAUCUUGACCCAAACUACUUUCCAGCAAAUAGAUGACAUGGGAAGCAGAUCUACCAUCUUGGGUUUACUAUCCUCUUUGAAAAAUAACAAUGGCACCAUUGUUAAUUCUGUGCACAUUUUGGAAAGACUCUGCUUUCCCUGAAAUGUCACUCACAGCAUGACAGCUUCCUGGGUGUACUUGUCAAACUACAGCUUUGAGCUGUCAUGGUUCUAGAUCACUGAACAGCAGCUGAACAUUCCUAGUGUGCAGAAGGUUUCACUGGGAGAUUUUCUUUCACCACAUUAGUCACUUUUAGGUGGUGAAUCUAAACAAAAGAAACACAUACAAAAGGGUGAGCCAGAAAUGAGAGCACACAUUAAAGAUAGAGUAAAUUCCAAAGGCUUUGAAGAACUUGGUUAUAAUGAGAUCCAGAGGAGAUGAAGUAUUUCUAUAAAAACAGUUUAGUAGCUUGCAGUUUUGUUGUGAAAUAGUUUUCAGCACAGUAACUGACUUCUUUAGGCAAGGUUUUAACCAAUGACAGUGUUUGCUUCUAGGCUGUACUCUAAAAAUACUCACUGUCUCGGCGAUGGUUGGCUACGGGCCUUUAUUAAAUCGGAGCUGCUUAAUCAUGUUGACCUUCAAUUUUUAAAUUUUUUUUUAAAACCACAAUGAACUCUAUUUACCAACAGUGAAGCACUACAGGGGGCAACUGUGGCAUUGCUUCCUUAACCAGCUCAUGUUGUGUGAAUGUUAUAAAAUUGUCACUCAGAUAUAUUUUUUAAAUGUAAUGUUAUAUAAGAUGAUCAUGUGAUGUGUACAAAAUAUGGUGAAAAGUGCCAGUGCUAGUAACUGUGUAAAGUCUCUAAUACUCAACAUUUACUCCUUUAAAAUAAAAUACACAGCCUUCUGCCUCUGUAUUUGGAGUUGUUAGUGCAACUCAUCAAAGAAAACUGCCUAAUAUAAAUCAUAUAUAUGGUAAUAAUUUUUCCUCUUUUGUAGUCUGCACAAGAUCCAUGAAAGAUUGUAUUUUUAUUACUAUUUAAACAGUGAUUAAAUUUAGCCUGAGCAGUGAGCAAGGGUUCACAUGCAUUCUUUUAUACUGCUGGAUUUUGUUGUGCAUCAUUUAAAACAUUUUGUAUGUUUCUUCUUAUCUGUGUAUACAGUAUGUUCUUAAAUAAUGUUCAAUUGUCAGGAGAACUGUGAGAAAUAAACUAUGUGGAUACAGUCUGUUUAUAUAUAGAAUGCUUGCUGUGACUUCCUUUCUGUGUAGUUCUGACUCUUUAAUCAAGAUGGAAAGUGUUUCCAGGCGUUCCCUGGCUGUGCAGAUCCCAGCGCCGCCUCCGCUGCUCCCGCCCGGGGCUGGGGCAGCUCUGCCCGCUCUGGUCCUGGCAGGAUUAGCAUUCCAGUUCUCUCCUUCCUCACUCACAGACUUCUUUGUCAGAUCACAGAAAAUCCAGAUUUUAGUAGCCUUGGUACAGUGUAUACCAUUGUCUGAGAAGCUUUGUAAUUAUUGUGACAUAUUUUACUUAAUAUAUUUUUUAUUGAAAUGUAUAGCUUGUGAUUCAGAAACACUUGAUUAUUUUAUAACUGUAAUAGACUUCCAGUUGCUUUGAAACUAGAAUACUCAGAGCAAUUAGCUAGAAAGCAAAUAAAUUUGACUUUAAAAGAUGGCAAUAGGAAGGAUAAUUGGCUGGCUGCACCUAGAAACUUUAAAUUGGUCAGUAUUUUUGCAGUAACUUCAGGUGUAGCUAUUUUUUGCUUCAGAAAAAGAAUGUAGGCAUUUAAUCUAUUUAGAAAGUAAUACAGUACAGUUACUAAAACACUGAGAAAGUAUCCUAUGUAAACAUAUCUCAUGUAUCUCAUAUACUUAGAUAAAUUUAAUAAAACUUAAAAAAACCACAAUACAAAACUCAUAUUAUGUAUUUUAGUUUUAAUUGGAAAAGAUACUGCUCUGAGAGACUUUCUAAGACCAUAAAAAUAUGCUUUCCACAUCAUUCAUGGUCUUUAUAGGAAACUAGAGUUGGUGAAGGUGUAUUAUCAGGAGGAGGAUCUGUGGUUACAUUCAUUUUGUUUGUAUCCUGAAAAAUCAUGGGAAUAAAGUAAGAAAAGUAAAUUAGAGAAAAUACUCAGUCGUCAAUUUAGGAUAGCUUGGAAAGAACAAAAGAUCUUGGCACCCUUGGAACAAGGUUGGAAGCCAAAGGAUAAUUUCAAGUCUGAAUCACCCAAGAAAGAAGUGUCUUGGAUAAGUCCUAUUUUAUUGAAUAUGUAUAAAUAUUAAUGUUUCCCUAUGCAUGCAUAUACAGCUAUUUCUCCUGCAUACAUUAUGAACGUAUGCAAAUAGGUAUCUAAUGCACAUACACCAAACCAAGCAUGGGAUGUUUUUUGUUUUUUCCACAGAAAAGACAGAAGCAGAAAGAAAAAUUAAACUGAAAGUGUAUGGUAAAUAAUUUUUGUAAUUUGAUUUAAAAAACCCCAUCAAAAUAGCAGCUGAUUGUUGCCUUUGUUCCCAUCCUGCACAAGUAUGAGACUCCACACUUUAUAACUUCUACUGUAAUUUAAAUAUAAUAGAAAAUACUCCAGGAAACCUACCCAGAUGAAUUUGCAACUUGAUGGUAACUGCAGAGUAUGCUACUUUUAAAAAAGAAGCUCCUCCAGCAGCGGCUGCUGGUGCGUGUGGCCAGAGCUGCCCUCUGGAGCUGGUGUGGUACUGCAGGCGCUGCUGCUGCUGCUCAAUGGCACUGGCUGGAGCUGGAGAAGCACUUCCUAGAGCACCAGAGGUAAAAUGUAGGCUAUAGAAGGACCCAGGAAAGAAGGAACAUCCAGGAUAUGAAGGAUAACAUACGUAAAACAGACCCUAAAAAGUAAUUGAAUUAGCAUCUACAGGGCAAAUGCUAAGGAAGAAAAGGAAACAGAAGAAUCUGCCCUGAUUGGAAAAAGGACAUACUCUGUAAGCAUGCUGAUUUGAGCUAUAUUUUCAAGUCAUGUACUGUGCUUUGAAAAGGAUUAAACCCACAUAUUCUGUAA